CGAAGGUGUCACGCGCUGGGAAGGAGCUUGGGUGUUCUUCGUCGGAAGGGAGGUAACUCUGAUAUCCAGGAAAUAUGGCUACUGCAGAUUGGAGUCCUCUUGGAACUAUAUAUUACAGAAAAUGCGAGUUAUACACUAUGGAAUGGAGUGGUCUGGUGGACCUGUCAAAAUGUACCGUGGCAGCAGCACCAUACGGAGGACCCAUAGCUCUCAUGAGAGAUGAGAGCAAGUCUGGCAGGGUGACAACAAACGUCAAACCCAUCAUCAGUGUUUACAAUACUGCAGGGAAACUUCUCAGUCAACUCAGGUGGAACAGUGGCCACGUGAUACAGAUAGGGUGGACAGUGACGGAGGAGCUGCUGUGUGUGCAGGACGAUGGAGUUGUGUUGGUGUAUGACAUCUUCCUCAACUUCAAGAGGACAUUUGGGAUGGGCCAGGAGGCAAAGGAUGUGAAGCUUUUAGACUGCAAAAUAUUCAACAGUUUCCAAGGCACUGGAAUUGCUGUCAUGACGACAGGAUUCCGAAUAUUCCUUAUCACCAAUGCUGAAGAUCCCCGUGUCAGGAAGCUGGCAGAAGUCCCAGGACUGAAUUCUCUACCCAGUAGCUGGACCAUUAUCAACAUAGAGAGGAAGUCUCUAGCCCUGGUUGCCAAGAAUGACCAGCUCUUCCUUGUGGAUCAUGGAGGCCAGUAUCAGGAGCAGUCGCCGGAGGUGGAGUCCGAGGUGGAGGCGUACGUUGGCAUGGCGCUGUCCUUCAACAACAAGUACCUGGCUCUCUUCACACAGACUGGGAUGAUAUGGAUCGGCUCCUCAGACUUACAGAAAUGUUAUUGUGAAUUCAACACCAAAUCCAAGUCCCCGCCAAAUCAACUUGCAUGGUGUGGCAACGGUGCUGUGGUAGCGAUGUGGGACAGGCUGAUGGUUGUGGUCGGACCAGAUAAAGACUGGAUCAAAUACAACUUUGACAGCCCAGUCUCUCUAGUACAGGAGGAAGAUGGGCUGAGGAUAUUCGGGGAUGAUAUUCAUGAGUUUCUCCAGAAAGUGCCAGCUGUGACAGAACAAAUCUUCAAGAUCGGAUCCAUGGAGCCAGGGGCCAUGUUGUUCGAGGCAUCCAGGGAAUUCCAGAAACGCAGCCAGAAAGCUGAUGAAUAUGUGAGGAUGAUCAAGGACAAACUGGACAUUGCAGUGGACCAGUGUAUUGAGGCAGCGGGGAAUGAGAUUGAACCAAAUAAACAGAGAUUACUGCUGAGGGCUGCUUCAUUUGGUAAAUGCUUCUUGACCGACUACCGGCCGGAGGCGUUUGUCAACAUGUGUCAGAUGCUACGAGUGUUGAACCAAGUCAGACAUCACUCUGUGGGUAUUCCGCUCACAUACGUACAACUGGAGCACCUGUCAAUGUCGGUGCUGAUAGAUCGACUGGUUCUCCGGAAGUUCUUCUGCCUGGCUAUAAAGAUCUGCCAGUAUCUGAAGAUCCCGGAUGCAGAGGGUACCAGCAGAAUACUGGCGCACUGGGCCUGCUACAAGGUGCAGCAGAAGCAUGAGGAGGAGGACACCCUGGCUAAAGCCAUCUCCCAGAAGCUGCUGGAUGUCCCGGGGGUCUCCUUCUCCGAGAUUGCCAGCCAGGCUCUGGACCAGGGCAGGAAGCAGCUAGCCAUCAAGCUGCUGGAGUAUGAGCCCAAGGCAUCAGAGCAGGUGCCCCUGUUGCUGAAGAUGGAUCAGGAUCACACAGCUCUGGGCAAGGCCAUCGACAGUGGAGACAGUGAUUUAGUGUACACAGUGCUGUUACGACUCAAGGAGAAACUUCAGAGCAGUGGUGACUUCCUCAUGACGAUCCGAACCAUGCCUAUUGCCUACUCCCUCUAUAUACAGUUCUGCAAGCAGCAGAACCCCAAGCUGGUGGAGGACCUGUACUACCAGGAGGACAACUUCCUGGACAACGGCAACUGCAAGGUCGUCAGGAGCUUCCAGGAGGAGAUGCUGGAUGACAGAUUGAAGCGACUGGAAGAUGCUCAGAACUGCUACAGCAGGGCCAAGAAUGACUUUGCUGCAAAGCAAACAGAGGACCAGAUCAAGCUGCUCAAGUUCCAGCGGCGCCUCGAGGAGGAGCAUAACAAGCCGUAUGUGGACCUGUCCCUCCACCAGACCAUCUACAAGCUGACAGUGGAGCAGAUCAACAAGCCCGCGGAGCAGCUACGCAAGGAGUUCAAGGUUCCAGAGAAACGGUACUGGCUGCUGCGUAUCAACGCCCUGGCAGAGGCGGGAGACUGGGGCGAGCUGGAGAAGUUCUCACGGACCAAGAAGCCCCCUGUUGGUAUGGAGGUAUUUGUUGAAGCUUGUGUCAAACUACACAACAAGCAAGAAGCUCACAGAUAUAUGAACCGGGUCACUCCAGACAAGAAGGUCAAGUGUCUCAUCAAACUGGGGAACCUGAAGGCAGCUGCUGAAGCAGCAUUUGAGAACCGAAAUGAGGACGAGCUGAACACAGUGCUGUCUCGUGUCAGCCUUGCGGACAAACAGUUGGCGGAGUCCAUCCGCGCCAUGAGGAACGAACUGGGCAAGAAGUAAAGACACUUCUCUACUCAACUCUUCUGGGAAACAUCAAGCAUAAUGUACACUAUACAGCAUUGAACAAACAGUAUGUUGAUAAUCAACCAGUGAUUUGGGGAAUACAUGACACUUUUAAUGGAUAGUAACUUCUUUUAAAAGAAGUUGCUAUCCAUAAAAAGUGUCAUGUGUACAUGUUCUUCCAACUUCUAAAUGCUAAUCAAAGACUUCAGUGAUUUGGUAUCCUUCAUCAUUGGUUCUCACAGUCACAAGGUCUACAGUAGCAGGCUAGACGCAAUGAUGCAGGACUUCAGUGUUCAAUCUGUUAGUCUAUGGGAGUGGACAUAAUUAAGCCCUGCCUGCUUCACUGGCUUAAAAACAGCAAUGUAUCAAAUUUAUGCCCAUGGGCUUAAGUUGAAUUAUUAUUUUGAUGACCACUGUGAGUGAAUGUUUAAUAAUGCAUGUUGAACUUGAGCCGGUUGCACACUGAGUACUGAUCAAGACUUCCACAGUGACAAGACGUUACCCUCAUCACCUCAUGAAGGCCAUGUACUGGAGACUUGUGACAAUUUAAGCUAAUGUCAGAUUUUUUGUCAUGUGACACAUCCUUGUUUUUGAGUGAGAGAGUAUGGUUUUACGCUGCUUUUAGCAAUAUUCCAGCAAUAUCACAGCGGGGGAAAGGAAAUGAGCUUCACACAUGGUAUCUGAACCCCGUUAUUCAGGUAACGAGCUAACGCUUUAAGUACUAGGCUACCCCACUGCCCUCCUUUUUUUUAAGCCUAGGGCUUUAAUAUGAGUGAAUUAUUAUCAGCAAAGAUGGGUAAAACUCAUAAAUAAGCCCAGGGCUUAAAUCUGUACAUUGCAUGUAUUGAGUGAUAGGAAGCACAGGGAAGACCCAGGUUCAGUUCCAUCUUGGACACAUUGUGAAGCUGAUUCUUGUCUCCCACCAUACUAAAGCUGCAAUUUACUAACCCAAAGUCAGAUUUCUGAACCCUAUAAGAAUGAGUGAGUGAAUGUGUCAUCACAUAUGCAGUGUUAAAGCUAUUUUUGCAUUGUUUCAAAGAAGAACUUUGUAAGAAUAGAUCCUUGUUUGAAUAGGCCUUCAGCAUCCUAGCUUGCUGUAAAACGCGACUAUGCUUGUCGUAAGGGGCGACUAACAGGAUCGGGUGGUCCGGCUUGCUGACUUGGUUCAUACAUGUCAUCGUAUCCCAAUUGGGUAGAUUGAUGCUCAUGAUGUC